AUGGCAGAGGGACCCUACGCCGGCGACGUGGCGCUGUCGCUGCAGGUGGUGUCGUUCCCCUGCGGCGGCUUCACCGUGGCGUGGGGCACCAACCACGUCGUGGUGGACGGGAGCGGCCUCAGCUUGCUCGUCAGCGGGUGGUCCGAGCUCGCGCGGUCCGGGUCCAGGGAUGUUGGGAGCUCGCCGCCGGAGCCAGGCCGAACCACGACCGCUCCGUGUUCUGCCCGUCCGCCGUCGUACCGCGUCUCCCUCGACAAGGCGUUCACCCCGUCGAUCGGCGAGCGGCAUGUCAACGUCUUGACGAGCGAUGAGAGCUUCGUCCUGCGCCUGUACUACAUCGAGGCGUCGGAGAAGAGAGGAAAGUGUGGGGCGUGGGGCGUGCGCUGA